AUGGGCCGCCACGCGUGGCUUUUCUGCGCCGUCGCGACGCGCGCGGGCCUCCUGGAGCUCGGCGGGCAGCUGGGCCUCGAGCUGCUGGAGCGCGAGGGCGCCGAGUCGCCCUGGGCCGGCGUCAACAUGCGCGACGCCGACGGCAAGGCCUUCGUCUGCCGGUCCGGGUCGCCCGCGGCCCGGGAGCCGGAGCCCGGGCCCAAGACGUUGUCCGAGGCCCUGGGCCAGCUCGACGGGUCCUGCGCCUACCUCAACCAGGGCUGGUGGACCUACGAGUGGUGCCACCGGCGCCACGUGCGCCAGUUCCACCUCGAGGCGCAGGCGCGGAGCCCCGAGUGGAGCCUCGGCGACUACACGCGGACGGAGCUCGAGGACGACGACGGCGGCGCCGCGAGCUCCGUGGACGCCGCGGGCUCCGAGGCCCUCUCGCGCGCCGUCGACGUCUUCGACGUCGGCGGCCAGCGCUGCGACGAGACGGGCACGGGCCGGUCGUCGACGGUCCACUUCCGCUGCUGCGACGGCCCGAAGCCCGGCAAGGCGACCAAGGGCAAGCGGAAGCGCGCCGCCGGCGCCGAGGCCUUCAUCACGAGCGUCGACGAGGUCGCGCUCUGCUCCUACGCGUUCGCCGUCUGCUCCCCGAGCCUCUGCUCGCCGUCCUCGCCGAACGCGACGGCGUCGCUGCUCCUCAAGGCCCUCGAGGGCGUCUGCCUCCAGCGCCACGAGGGCUGGUGGUCCUUCGAGUUCUGCUACAAGAAGGGCGCGCGCCAGUUCCACGCGCGCGCCGAGGACGACGCGGCGCUCGUCGUCGAACGCGGCGCGGACGGCUGGGACAAGGCGCGCGUCGAGGUCGAGUACGAGCGCGGCACGCCCUGCGACAUCGGCGAGGACGACGACAGCGGCGAGAAGCGGCGCCGGGGCACGACGGCGCGCCUCGUCUGCGGCGACACGAACGCGCUCGUGUCCGUCGUCGAGGACCGGACGUGCCACUACGUCUUCACGGUGACGACGCCCGCGCUCUGCAAGCACGCGGCCUUCGCGACGGCGCCGAACACGCGGCCCGUGACCUGCGAGGCCGCGCCCGACGACGAAUCCUAA